AGUAUUUGAAAACGGAGGAAGUAUUAGGCAAAAUUGAUAUAAACCACUUUUUUUAUCCAACGUUUUAUUUUUUCAUGUUUUUUUAUUUACUAAACUACCUUUUAAUAAGUACCUAAAUUCUUGAUUGCACCACCCUUAUUUAAAAUUUUGACGAAAAAUAUGUUAGAAAGAGUGAAAUGGAGUUAAUUUUGGAUUACUCAAGUUCAAUGUAUCUCAAAAUCAAAUUGAAUUGAUAAAUCCGUUACUUGUUAUACAGUACUUAUGUCUUCGGUCUUCUAAUAAAAGUCCAUUGUGGGAUCCAUCCACUACAAUAAAAUUAUUCAUGUAAAUGAAAGUAAGGAACAUUAAUUUACUACGUACGAAGUAUUUCUUUUGGUCGUCAAUCCAACCUCUUAUUUUUUUUAAUCCAUUUUUUAGUAAUUCUUCUUCAACUGGAAACUUAGCUUCCAAGUAUGGAUCACCCACCAACUUCAUUUUCCGGCCGCAGGCGCUCUUCCGUGAUCGACCCCAACGCUCCUCUGCCGAUAACAUCGUCAGCUUCACCAACACCUCGGAGAUCCUCCGCAUGGGGUACUACUCCGACUCAAUCUAUCGCUCCUAUGGCUUCCGACAUCUCCAGCAGGAGAGCGUCAGAAGCCACUGAAGCUUCUUCUAAUACAGCGUCGGGAUAUCCCGACGCUGCAAACAUUGCAGGCCGAAAGGCUUCGGCCUGGGAUGAUGAAGAUAGUACCGCUUCUAUGAGCGGUACUACUCGAGGUUCGGUAUCGGAUAUUGCUGGCCGCAGAGCUACGGCUUUGGAUCGGCCACCUUGGGAUGUGUUUUCCGGGGUUCCGCCGGGAAAUGAGGGGUCCACCUGGGGUUGGAUGUCUGAGAUUUUUGCCAUGACUUCUAGUACAGGAAUACCUCUUAGUGGUGUCGGUCCUACUUCAGAGAGAAUUCCAGUAUAUUAUACUGGCAACAUCAACUACAUCUUCGAAACCCACAACGAGCAGAGUCUAGCUAUUGCUAAUGUUGAGGCUAUAAUGUACGCCUAUGGAAUUGAUAAGGCCUGUGCUAAAGACAUCUUGAGCAAAAUUGACCCCCGUAAAAGUGGGAUAUUCAACGUUAACUCUCAAACCAAGCAAAUUCUAGUCGCCUCAACCAUCAACUUCACUCUGCCAAAGGAGCCACUUGGUAAUCUUAGGCAAGCUAGCAAGUGCUUUCGCGAAAACUUGCUCUCACCACUCCAUUUUGCUGCCUACAUUUUCGACGUCUUGAAAGGAAGAUAUAUAGGAAAUGAUCCCCAAUUCAUGAUCCUGGGAAUAUAUAGCAUAUUUGGAGUUUUGGAGGGUUCGACGAAGCGUGAACUUACCACCAAAGAUGUGGAGAAGUUUACAAGAUUGUGGAAAGUAAAUAAUUCAGAAGAAGUACAAGACCUUAUGAAUAUGAUCAAAGAUGAUCGUAAUGGCUCUAUUUCUUGUUGGGACUUUUACAAUUUAUUGUGCCGUCGAAACAUGUUUGGAAAGCAACGAAUCGAAAUGUUUGAUACUCAAGGGCAGCAAAACACAUCAAUGUUCUUCCCUCUAAUGGACAAAGACGAAGAUGGAUUCCUCUCCUCUAUGGAUCUGCGUAGUUUUGCCGCCAUCUUUGGCCGAUACCCAUCAGAUGAAGCGAUUGACCGUGUGAUUCGCAAGCUUGAUAUCGAUGGUGAUGGUAAGAUCAGCUUGCAGGAUUUUCGUGGGACAAUGGGGCCUAUAUUAGAUGGGAUGGCAUGGGAAUUUUGGUUGGUUGCUAUCUUGCUUACUUUUCAGCUGUAAUUACUUUCUUUCACAUGGGAUGAAAGUUGAGAAUAAGUUCUUUUCCCCAAUAUUGCAUUUGUUAAUAGGUUAAUCGAUCAUGUGUUCGAUAUUAAUCUUCUUGGAGAAGAAAAAACAGAGGAUAAGACACAUUUUAUGGAUUCCGAUAAUACUACCUUUGUUAAUGAUUAUCUGCAACUUUAGGGUUUAUUUGCGAGAUAUAAAAAAAUUUCAAAGUUGUAGAUAAUCAUUAACAGAAGUAGUAUAAUGAUAAGUGUCAUUUAUGUCGCUAUUUUUAAGAGUUUUCUA